UUUGACACUUUAAACUCGUUUUUUAAGGGAAUGACCGAAUGAAAAAGCAGUGCCACUGUGUGAUAGGUGUCGUGCUAAAAUGUGAAACGGAUUUUGACUUUCGCUUGAGGUACAGAUGUUGUACUUCAAAUGCUACUGUUUAGAAGUACAGUAUCUGUCGGUCGCUAUGAAACAGAUCCUGUACUAAUUAGUUCGUACCGCCGCCGCGCUGCUUGAGCGUAGUACACGGAAAAAAUAAAUUCUGUAAGAAUUCCUGAAUUUGUUCCAUAAUUGAGGAUUUGUGCAAAGUUCCAGAAAUUUUUAGAAAUUCAAUGUAAGUAUAUCUGAAUCGUUCCGAACUAAUUACGAAACGGUUUUUGUGAGACUUUCAAAAUCAGCAUUAUAAAUAAAUUCCUGAAGAAAUACAGGACUGGUCUAUAAUAUUAUCGAAAUUUUGUCGUAGAAAUUAUAUUUCUUCUAAAAUAGUAUUUACAAGCGUCUAAUCAAGGAGAACUCCAGUUUAAAUUUCAUAAUAAUUCCCGAACUUCAUCGAAAGAAAAGAUGUGCCGAGAUUCUCCGCGCAUGUUUUAAUAGUGUAUGUGUGAGAAAGAGUGUAAACACGAGUAAACGACUCUUCUCUUACCAUUAGUUCCUAUGUUCGCGGCAUGAGCGGAAUUUCUUUAAUAUUAUAUUUUUAACGGUUUUAUUUUAUUUAUAAUUGUGCGUAUUCACAAUAUAUGGAUUUUUAUUAAGGAAAACCGAACAAAUUCGUUAUUUGGAUGUUUUCCUUUGCCGCCUAACCUUGUUCAAAAGGUGUCAACAGAAGGACGGACAGAUAUAAACACGCUUAAAAGGAGUUCCGAUUUGCUGGAUUUAACUGCUGUACCUUGUGCCAGUGUCUCAGAAAGCAAAAGAACGAACCUUAAUCAAGACUUUCAGACGUUCAAAACAAGACAAGGCCAAAGGACCUCUGAACUAUUGGAUCUAUCGGUAUCAAUCGUUACCAAUAACACGGAAAGUGGAAACUCUGAGGUAAGAUUGUGAAAAUAUAUUUUAAAAAGUAUAAUUUUAGUUUUUUUUAAAGAUGUACUUUUUUAAUAUACUGUAGGUUUGUUGUCAAUCAAAUUUUUCGGCCGAAACUUUGCCCACGUCCGCGCCUGUAGAAAAAGGGAAUUCUUCGUUAGUACACAUUGAUUUCAAUGAUGACGUUCGAUCAGGAGUACGUGAUUUACUAUUUACAUAAAUUUAUUAAAUGUAAAUUUUUUUUUAAUUUCUACAAUAACUGUUUUAGGCAUUAAGUGCACUACUUGGUUCGGAAAUCGAUGCAAAAUUAUCACUUAAAGCGUAUAUUGAUAACGGGUAUAUGCCGGAUAACGGUAGAACUAUAAUGGUUCAAUCUUUUAUCAAAAAGAAAAUCGCUCAACUUAUGAGAACCUUUGAUGGGUCGCCACUAAAUGAUUGGAUUAUUCCAAAAGAAGACUUCAAAUCGUUUUGUAAAAUAAUUGAACAAUUAUUUCCAUCGGAAAGUGGAACUACAUAUUUUACCGAAUUUCAUAUCGAGAAUGGAUUAAGGUGUCCUGGAACAGGGAAAUUGUUAAACAGAUUUGAAUAUGAGAAAAAAAAAUUAAGAGCGAAAGGAAUUAUAAAACCCUUUGAAAAGAGUACUAAGAACACAGCAAAUCCAAAGAAUAUUGUUAUUACUGAUACCAUUAAAGAGAAAAUCGAUUACUUAGAAACACAUUCGGAUGAUUUGGAACAAGUAAAAAUUUUUUGGCAAGAAACGUUACAGCAUCGUAGAUAUCUGCUCGAAGUUGAAAAAAUUACGGUCCAAAAUUAUUUGUUAAAAUUCAAAGCUCUGAGAGAACAAGCGGGACAGAAACUUAUUGAAAUAGAUUUUAAUCUACAGCAUCCAGGAAAAGAGAAAGCACUAUCUGAUAAGUGGCCAACAAUCAAGGAUCAUAUAAUUCGACUUUUACAAAAUGCAAAAUUAUCUGCAACAGAGCAAAGUUUCUUUGAGUUGUUACCAACUUUAGAAGAAGAUAAUCAAAAUGCAGUUUUGCUCUUCCUGCUUCCGAAAAUUAUACCUGCUGGCCGAAUCAUAACUUCAAAAAAAAGAAAACGCAAAGGAACUGUGGAAACGCAACACGAUAACAAUAUAGUCGAAGCAGAGGAGAGUUCGAGUAAUGCUGAAAGCGAUCCAUUCCUGAAAGGAAUAAAAAAAGAUGAAUAUAGAGAUUCAUAUAUGUUACAAAUACCAAUUGCAAUUGAAGCAGAUCCAACCUUGCUGGAAUUGAGAGAAGUUUUAAAUAAAAAAAAACUAACCCUCCAACCACUAAUGGUAAUAAUUGGAUCUAUUUUUAGUAUAAAUGAGAUUUACGUAGUGGUAAAUGAUGUUUGGUAUAAAACAGAAUCAGUUUUAGAAGCUGCAGAUUUAACAUUUAAAUCGUUUUUUGUUUUCGAUUGCCAAUAUCCACAAAAAUCAAAAAAUUUGUGGCAAUUUUUACAAAUUGCAGCGUAUAAUAUACCAACACCGAGUGAAAAAGUUGGUAUAAAAAUACGGGCAUUGAUAAAAGAGAUUAACUUAAGUUAAAAUGAAAUCAUUGUUAUCGUGGUUGAAUUAUAUGUUCAAUAUGUAUUACUGCUUUGCUUGCGAUUUUAAAUGUCCAGACAAUAAAAGUCUAGUUAUCCACGUACAGUUAUCUCAUAAAUCACUUAAUUAUUUUAAAUGUAAAGAACCGAAUUGUUUAAAAACAUACACUGUAUUCGAUUCAUAUAAAAAACAUCGUUUGAAUAAACAUAAUGUGGACGAAUUGUCGAGUC